AUAAUUUCAGAAGAGUACAUGAACAUGAAGUCACUCAGGGCCACUCCUUCCUCGCUCCUGUAAGGUGUAAAUAUCGUAGUGAAAGCAAACCCAAAAAUAUCAACGCAUCGAGUUAACCAUGGCUUCGUGGUGCUCGUCGUCUUGUUCAGUCACCUCCAUCACCUGCCGCUGCUCUGUUCAGUGUCACUCUUUCCAAUUGCACAAUCGCCCUUUGCUUCAUCUGAAUGCUUUCCCACCUACUUCGUCUUCUCGAGUUGCCCCUAUUAGAAUUAAGCUUCCAUUUCACAGAAACAACUCAUUCAAGCACAGGAAUUCAAGUGGGUGUAGUAGAAUAAUUGUUUGUUGCACGAGCAGUGAUACAGAAAUGGACUUGAAGGAUUCAUUACGUUCGCCGUCAGACAUCGACUGUGUAGGAACAGGGCAAGACGUUGAGUGCCUCAUUGAGCCGGAUGAAGAAAACGGGAAAUCGGUGGAAGUGGAAUCGUUGGGAAUUUCUAUAGAGGGGUUAUUGGAAUGGGCUGUGUUGGUGUCGCCUUUCUUCUUUUGGGGAACGGCUAUGGUGGCCAUGAAGGAGGUGAUUCCCAAAUCUGGACCUUUCUUUGUGUCUGCAUUUCGUCUUGUUCCCGCUGGUUUUCUCCUUGUUGCAUUCGCUGCUUCCCGAGGUCGACCUUUCCCAUCUGGUUUUAACGCUUGGCUGUCCAUCUCUCUCUUUGCUGUUGUCGAUGCUGCUUGUUUUCAGGGCUUUCUUGCUGAAGGAUUACAAAGGACAUCAGCUGGUUUGGGCAGUGUCAUAAUUGAUUCACAACCUUUGACUGUGGCCGUUCUUGCAGCCUUAUUAUUUGGAGAGUCCAUCGGAAUUGUUGGAGCUGCGGGGCUUCUUUUGGGUGUAAUAGGACUUGUGCUUCUUGAGUUGCCUGCUCUGUCAUUUGAUGAGAGCAAUUUCUCACUCUGGGGGAGUGGGGAGUGGUGGAUGCUUCUUGCUGCUCAAAGCAUGGCAGUUGGCACGGUCAUGGUUCGCUGGGUCUCUAAGUACUCUGAUCCUGUGAUGGCAACUGGAUGGCACAUGGUAAUUGGUGGUCUCCCUCUUCUGGCAAUCUCCAUUCUUAACAAUGAUCCUGCCAUUAGUGGAAGUUUUAAAGAGUUCAGUUCAACUGAUAUACUGGCGCUCCUCUAUACUUCAAUUUUUGGAAGUGCUGUCAGCUAUGGCGUAUUCUUCUAUAGUGCAACUAAGGGUAGCUUGACCAAGCUCAGCUCCCUCACGUUUUUGACCCCAAUGUUUGCUUCCAUUUUUGGGUUUCUGUAUCUGGGUGAGACCUUCUCACCUUUACAACUAGUUGGGGCCGUUGUUACUUUGGCUGCAAUAUACAUGGUUAACUAUAGAAACACUUCAAAAUGAAGAUAUACUGAAAUAC